AUAACAGCGUUUAAAACAAAGUAUAGACUCUUUAAGUACAUAGUUAUGCUAUUCAGAUUAACGAAUGCGCUAGCAACUGUCACGGUACGGGCUCACGGGCAGAGAGGACAGGCGCGUGUACAGGUUCUAUUGCUACAGCUAAUCAACAGGCUCUCACUACAGGUAGUAUAG